AUGAAUUGCUGCUUACCGGAUAUUUAUGAGAUGUCUCACUCGAUGGUUGGCGAAUAUACAAUUCAGGGUGGUGGAGAGCACUGUCUGUACGCAAGUGAAGGAUCGGGGUAUGGACACUGUGAACCCCAACCGCUUCACCACCCGCCGUGCCUGGAACAGGUUUGGCCAUCAAGCCAGCACUAUAAUUAUUUAUAUAGCGCUGUCCCUUCCUGUUUCAAGAGUGACUUUUGUAACAUGGAGAUCCCUCUCAAUAAUUUUCAUUAUCACCCCGAGUAUUCUCCCGAGGUGAAAUCAGACUGCUCACAUGUACAAUGGAUGCAAGGAGCACACAAGAAAGGGUACAUACCAAGUUACCUGGACAAAGAUGAGCUCUGUGUAGUGUGUGGGGACAAAGCUACGGGCUAUCACUAUCGCUGUAUCACCUGUGAAGGUUGUAAGGGCUUCUUCAGGCGGACAAUACAAAAAGACCUCAGGCAAACCUAUGCUUGUAAGUACGAGGGAAGAUGUGCCAUAGACAAGGUGACCAGAAACCAGUGCCAGGAUUGUCGCUUCAAGAAAUGUAUAGCGGUUGGAAUGGCUACAGACUUGGUGUUGGAUGAGAGCAAGCGGCUCGCCAAGCGUAAGCUGAUUGAGGAAAACCGGCAGCGUCGCCGCAAGGAGGAGCUACAAAAAACAGCGAUGGAUCAACACGAGCCCUCCGAUAACGAGUGGCAUCUCAUUCGUAUGACUACUGACGCCCAUAUGGCCACAAAUGCUCAAGGAAAUUACUGGAAGCAGAAGCGGAAAUUCUUGGUGGAGGAAACAAUGCUCCUUAAUGAAAUAACAUGUAAUUUAUUCUAUACCUCUGACCAGAGCACGGCGGGGAUGACUGAAACUAAGCCUGCCAAUAGUGGUCAUUCAUCCACGGCAAAUAUCCUGGAAGGGAAUCAAGUGGAUUUAGAGGCAUUCAGGCAAUUUACAAAAAUUAUCACUCCUGCCAUAAAACGAGUGGUGGACUUUGCCAAAAAACUGCCCAUGUUUUGUGAGUUGCCAUGUGAAGACCAGAUCAUUUUGCUGAAAGGCUGUUGUAUGGAAGUCAUGUCGUUGCGUGCUGCUGUUCGCUAUGAUCCAGAGAGUGAGACUCUCACACUUAAUGGAGACAUGGCCGUCACACGAGGUCAACUGAAGAAUGGAGGCCUGGGUGUAGUGUCGGACGCCAUUUUUGACCUUGGUGUCUCACUCUCCUCCUUUAACUUGGACGACUCUGAGGUGGCUCUUUUACAAGCAGUUAUUCUGCUUUCAGCGGGUAUGCGGCCGAUGUCUGAAAACUUGCAGAGCAUAACUUGCCUAAGAAUCCCCCAAAUACAAAUGUGA